CUGUGGGUAUGUGUACAAGUCGCAUAUAGUACAAGUAUAGGCAGUAAAUUCUGUGUACUUGACGGUACCGAUACGUUUUCCGUAAAUUCUUGCUUUGAUUAGCCCAAAUUCCAACAUGCAGGCAUUGAAGCAGAUUUAUUAGUCCUCGAAAGGCAGAGAUUUUUCCCGUUGAAGUGCGCAGAUACAGAGAGAGAGAGAGAGAGAGAGAGAUUAAAGAUUGUUUAAAGAAAGAUGAAGAAUGAAGUACAAAGUCGGUCUCUCUUUGGGAUUUCUCUCACUGACCGACCAAGAUGGCAGCAGUUCCUCCUUUGCACUUCUGGGUUUUUCUUCGGCUAUCUUGUAAAUGGAAUCUGUGAGGAAUACGUUUACAAUAGGCUCCAAUUCAGCUAUGGGUGGUACUUCACGUUUGUCCAGGGAUGGGUUUAUAUUGGGCUUAUUUAUCUGCAAGGUUUCACCACCAAGCAAAUGGUGAACCCAUGGAAGACUUAUGUAACACUCUCUGCAGUGCUUAUGGGUUCUCAUGGACUUACAAAAGGGUCUUUAGCUUUUCUCAACUACCCAGCACAGUUAAUGUUUAAAUCCACUAAGGUUUUGCCGGUUAUGAUAAUGGGGGCUUUCAUUCCCGGCUUGAGAAGAAAAUAUCCUCCCCAUGAAUAUGUAUCUGCAGUACUCUUGGUUGUGGGUCUAAUUCUCUUCACCUUAGCCGAUGCACAUACUUCUCCAAAUUUUAGCAUGUUAGGUGUUGUGAUGAUAUCUGGUGCACUGAUCAUGGAUUCCUUCUUGGGGAAUCUCCAAGAGGCUAUCUUUAAGAUGAAUCCCGAAACAACACAGAUGGAGAUGCUGUUUUGCUCAACAAUGGUUGGGUUUCCCUUCUUGAUUCCCCCAAUGGUUUUGACAGGAGAACUUUUCAAGGCAUGGACCUCGUGUUCUCAGCACCCCUACGUUUAUGGCGUGCUGGUCUUUGAGGCCAUGGCUACUUUCAUCGGACAAGUGUCUGUGCUUUCCCUCAUUGCUCUUUUUGGCGCUGCCACCACUGCAAUGAUAACAACUGCAAGAAAGGCAGUCACAUUGCUGCUCUCAUACAUGAUAUUCACAAAGCCGCUGACUGAACAACACGGAAGUGGGUUGCUGCUGAUUUCUAUGGGGAUUAUAUUAAAGAUGAUGCCGGAUAGCAAGCCCCCGGUGAGGCCAGCUAAAACACUCGCCAUCACCGCCACCGGAAAACCAUCUCAGUUUGACGAUAAUAAGGUGCCUCCAGUGGAGAUCGAAGAGGAAAAGGAUGAAGAGAAGAGACCUUUGGUCUGAAAUCCUUUGUGCCUGCCCAGGCCAACUUCAUACUCUUGAAAUUGUGAAUUGCGUUUAGUGUUUUAUAUUAGGCCCUUUCCUCUUUAUUAGUAUUUUGCUUUUCAUUUUUAAAAGUUCUUCAAAUUUUAAUAAUGGUAAUUAAUUAUGUUGAUUUGUUGGAUUGAACAUUGUUGUUUCUUUAGUGUUACCAAGUGUAUAAACAUGAUUGUUGAUUGCUUAAUGCCGUUUAUUUAUUUA